AUGCUCGGCAAACGCACCCGCCAAGACGCGCCACUCGUCCUCUCCAAGCGCUCGCUCACCGCCUACAUCCCCUCGACCAAGCCACACGCCGCGGCGGGAGAUGUGAAGGCAGGCGCAUCGGUCGCGAUGGGACGGAUAGAGUCGCAGAAGGAGAACCGCGCGGUGCAGGUGGGCGCAGAGGAUACAAUGAUGGAGGUUGAGCGGGACAAACGCGCGCUGGACGAGCUGUUCACCCUCCCUACGCCUCCUCCGUCCUUCGAGCUGCCCGAGCCUUCCUUGAACGACGCGUCGCACGCACCCUCUCCCGCGCCCGAACCCUCUACGUCCCGCGGCAUCCCCAACAUCUACACUCACGCCUCCUCGCUCCUCACUCCCUCCUGCUCACUCGCCUCAUCCCUCCCCCUCACAGGCCGCACAGACCAACACGAGACCCUCCUCGCUUUCCUCACUCGACGCUUUCCCUCCGUCUAUGGAUCUACCUCGAGUCGACCGGGCCCGGCGGCGAUGUACGUCUCUGGCCCGCCGGGAAUUGGGAAGACUGCGCUUUUGGCGUCGACAAUCGCGGCUUUCCGUAGGCUUGUGGAGGACAGGGAGUGCGAGGAGGAGGUCGGCGUGUUGGUGGAGAACUGCGCAACGAUUGCGGGUCAGGGGAGCGUGUGGGAACGAUUAGGGCGGGGGUUGGGGAUGGAUAUGGACUUGGGAAGCGAGAGGAGCGCGAGGAGGGCGAAGGAGGCAUUCGAAGAGGGACUGAAGGACGGGAGGAAGUACCUCCUCGUUCUCGACGAGAUCGACCACCUCGUCUCGCCGUCCUCGUCAACCGCCUCCUCGUCGUCGUACCAGCCCGACCUCCUCUCCUCCCUCUUCGCCCUCGCCUCCACUCCCGCCUCGCCCCUCACACUCAUUGGCAUCGCCAACGACCUGACGCUCAAAGCGCUCGCUCUCCCUACCCUCGCGACGAACGUCACAGGCAAGGGCAAAGCGAAGGCCGACCCGCUCAACACGCCGACCAAGCCGAUCAGGGUUCACUUCAAGCCGUACAGCUGGCAGGAACUCGUCGCUAUCGUCGCGCAGCGUCUCUCGCUUCUCGCGCCUCAGUACCCGCUCGAUCUCAACGACGCGUCCGUCUCGACUGUCACAACCGAGCAACCCGCAGCGGGCAAGAAGGCGACCUACCCCCUCAUCGACAAGCCCGCGCUCGAGCGGUGCGCGAAGAAAGUCGCAGCGGGCACAGGCGACGUCCGUACGAUGCUCGACGUCGUUCGUCGCGCGAUCGCCCUUGUCGCAGCCGACCAAUCCUCUAACCCGACCGUCUCGUCCCUCUCGACUUUCACGCCCUCAACCGCACCCAAAGCCUCGAUGAAGCACGUCUCGGCUGCACUGGCGGCUUCGGCCGGUCUGACGGCUGCGCCAACGCUCGCGGCGAGGUUGGCGGCGCUGCAAGGAGGGCCGCACCAGCGCGUUGCACUCGUCUCCGUCGUCGUCGCCAUCUCGCGCAUCGACCCCUCUCAGCCCGGGCUCGACCGUCCCUCGACACCCGAAGGCCUCCGAGUCGUCCUCGACGAAGCCUACAAAGCGUACCGCGAGAUCGUCGCUCGCGAAGACGUUCUCCGCGCUCAGGCGCUCGAUGCGUCGGCGUACGCAGAGACGGUCGGGAUGGUCGAAGAUCUCGGUGGAUUCGUCAUUGUGCGUGGUCGACCCGGCUCGUCGCCUUCCUCGUCGCCCUCGUCUUCAAACGGGCGGGUCAAGCGGACUCCGACGCCGACCAAGACGAAGAAGCACGAGCGGGGAAAGAUGACCGUCGAGCUCUCGCCUACUUCUCCGCUCGGCGAACUCGUCACCAUCCUCACCUCUCCGCCGGCGGAGGGCAACGAAGCCGACGAGGACGAGACGAGUCGGUUGAUGCGGCGCGUUAUCGAGCGCGAGCGGGCUGACCAGCGAUGGGCUGUCAAGCGCCGUUCGCUCGGUCGGGACGAGGACAGGCGGGCGGAGGAGAUGCUCGAGGGCAGGGAGUGGGAGAAGAAGGUACUGGCUGGCGGGAGGAAGACGGGCGAGGCGGACGAGUGA